ACGAAUGAACUACUUUGUUGAUUUACAAGAAGUGCAGCAGCAAGCCAAAGAGAUAAGCAAUAAAAAGGCUGCAGCAAGAGAGGCAGAGACAACAAAAGAUAAAGAUAACGAUAAAGAUAAAGAUGAAGAAGAAGUGCUGCUUAUUGUAGUUGCAGAGGGAGAGGUUGCUGCGGUGUCUCUGCAGCCCCACUGCAUGCAAAGCCCCGUAUUAUUAAUAACUGAUUUAGACGGCACCCUCUUAGGCUCAGACUUUUAUUUAAAUUUAUUUAAAAAGCACUGGGCUCUUCAUCAUCUCUGGCGGGGUUCGAAGUUGCGUGGAGGACUUAGCAUACCGGGGCGAGCGUUGGCCUAG